GGAAGAAAGAAAUAGAGCAAAAGGCAAAGAACCACUCCGAAAAGGUGCUGCUUCUGAGUUAAGAGCCCAUUGUUACUCUCUCUCUCUCUCUCUCUCUUUAAGGUUGAGGUGGUUGGUUUAGUUCUUCACUUCAUCGUAAUCUGCAAAGGUUGCCGGAAUGUGGAAACCACGCGCUCUUUCUGGUCCACUCUUCUUGCUUCUUCUUCACUUGCUCUUGGCUCUGGUCUCUGCUCAGAGAUCUGUCUGGAACACACUCAACGGAGGUCCACCGUUGGUGGUAGCCCGAGGCGGGUUUUCAGGGAUAUUUCCUGAUUCCAGUGAUGGUGCCUAUAAUUUGGCGGUAAUAACGUGUGGACCAGAUGUGUUUCUAUGGUGUGAUGUGCAAUUAACAAAAGAUGGAGUUGGGAUUUGCCUUCCAAAUAUGAACCUUGCAAAUGCUACUACCUUUGGAGUCAAUUUCCCUAAUAAAACUUCAACUUACUUGGUUAAUGGUGUAACCAUGCGAGGCUAUUUUUCUGUGGAUUACACCUUGAAGGACCUGUCCAAUGUCUUCUUGAGUCAGGGAGUAUUCUCUCGAUCCAACCUGUUUGAUGGCAGCUAUUUUCCAGUUCUUACUGUUGAUGAUUUUGUUACAGUAAAGCAACGACCAAAAGGCUUUUGGUUGAAUGUUCAGCACGAUGCAUUCUACACACAACACAAUUUGAGUAUGAGAAGCAUCGUGCUUUCAGUUUCUAGAAGAAUAGUUUUCAGUUAUAUCUCAUCACCUGAGGUUGGUUUUCUGAGAAGUAUCACAGCACGCUUCAACCCAAAAACAACUAAACUGGUCUUCAGGUUUUUGGGACAGAGUGAUGUAGACCCAUCAACCAAUCAGACUUAUGGAUCACUCUUAAAAAAUCUUACAUUUAUCAAGACGUUUGCUUCUGGAAUUCUUGUUCCCAAGGGAUACAUUUGGCCUGUAGAUGACAGACUUUAUCUACAACCACAUACAUCUUUGGUCUCAGAUGCACAUAAAGUGGGGCUGGAAGUUUAUGCAUCAGAUUUUGCGAAUGAUGUUCCAUUUAGCUUUAACAACAGUUAUGAUCCUCUUGCUGAGUACCUCCAGUUCAUCGACAAUGGUGACUUCUCUGUUGAUGGUGUACUGUCUGAUUUCCCUGUAACUCCAUUUGAAGCUGUAGGUUGCUUUGCUCACCUAGGCACCAAUGCUACUAAAAAUGUUAAUACUUUGGUUAUCUCAAAAUAUGGGGCAAGUGGUGAUUAUCCUGCUUGUACCGACUUAGCAUAUAAAAAAGCCAUAUCAGAUGGUGUGGAUGUUCUUGACUGUCCUGUUCAAAUGUCCAAGGAUGGAACACCAUUUUGCUUAAGCUCCGUUGAUCUUAUUGAGAGUACGACAGCUGCCCAAUCAAGGUUCAGCACAUAUGCCAUGACUAUCCCUGAGAUAAAAUCUGGCAGUGGCAUAUACACAUUCAACUUGACGUGGAAUGAUAUCAAAAAUAACUUGACCCCUACAAUAUUGAGCCCUUUUGCAAAAUACAGAUUGUACCGGAAUCCAAAAUAUAAGAAUGCUGGGAAUUUUUUGACGUUAUCAGAUUUCUUGUCCUUGACAAAAAAUCAGACUUCUCUAUCAGGUGUUGUCAUCAUUGUUGAGAAUGCAGGCUAUCUUGCACGGAAGCAAGGAUUAAGUGUGACUGAUGCAGUCAUCGGCGCUUUGAACAAAACAGGUUAUGAUAAACAAGGACCCCAAAAAGUUUACAUUCAAUCCACAGACAGCUCUGUGCUGCAGGAGUUCAAGAAGAAAACCAAUUACGAGCGUGUCUACAAGAUUGAUGAGACUGUUGGUGAUGCUGUGAAUGCAGCUGUAAAGGAUAUAAAAAGCUUCGCUAGUUCUGUGGUUGUCAGCAAGGACUCUGUAUUUCCUAGCAAUCAAAAAUUCCUGACCGGCUCUACAAACACUCUGACAAAGCUAAAAGCUGCUAACCUCUCAGUUUUUGUAGAAACAUUCAGCAAUGAGUUUGUAUCUCAGGCGUGGGAUUUCUUCUCAGACGCAACUGUGGAGAUCAACUCAUAUAUUCUGGGAGCAGAAAUUGAUGGUGUCAUCACCGACUUCCCUCAAACUGCUAACAGAUACAGAAGGAACAAAUGCUUAAACAUGGGUAACAACAAACCCACUUACAUGGAAGCUGUUCAUCCAGGUGAUCUUUAUGGACUCAUUACCGAAAAUUACUUGCCUCCAGCUAUGGCUCCACUCCCACCCUUGACAGAAUCUGAAGUGGCAGAGCCACCUUUGCCUCCUGUAACUAAAAUAACCCCAGCUUCUGGCCCAAACGCCGGAAACACAUCAGCUCCACCUGGAAAUGCACAGCCCAAGGUCACUGUGUGCCUUUUCUUGUCCACUCUGGCUGUGUUUUUAGUUUCCCUUGUGCUUUGAGUAAAAACAUCUCUACACUUAUGCUGAAAACUGGAAACAAAAAAAAAAAAAAAAUAUGAAAAGGAGAAAAGGUUGCUUUUGGUGGUUUCAGCUCUCAAUUUCCCCAUCUCUUCCAGGAUUAAGUGGUAUGAAGCUUUUGGCUUCAGACUACAUGAAUAAUCCACAUUUUUUCUCUUCUUAAAAGGAGCAAAUUCUUUUAAUCUUAUUUGUUGUAGCUAUGUAUGUUCAUUCUUAGUGGGUUUAUACUAUAUGAGCACAAAAUCCUGAGGGGUAUAUAUCUAUGAAUUCUUUUUAGAAGUGUAUUUUGUAUCUUUUGGUGUAAGAUAUAUUUAUUUACAGUUAUACUUAGUGGUGUGCAUUUGGCAUGAGAUUGACAAGUUGAGGUCCUGAUCAAAUUUUCCACGAAUUAUCCAGGGCAUAUGCAUGGGUU